CAGUUCCGAUCACCAAACUGUGAGAGUGCCAUGUAGCAUUGGAAGCAACAGAGAAGAAUCUCAUGACUGAUCUGAAAUAAUAAAAGGGUGUGCUGACCUCCAGUCCCUUGAUACCAUGCUACCUAUAGAAAGAAAACGUCAGGGUUAUAUCCAUGAACUGAUUCAGACUGAAGAGAGGUACAUGGAUGAUUUGCAGCUGGUUUUAGAGGUUUUUCAGAAACAAAUGGCUGAAUCCAGGCUUAUGACAGAAGCUGAGCUGGGAACAAUCUUUGUGAACUGGAAAGAACUCAUUAUGUCCAACACCAAGCUGUACAAGGCACUUCGUGUGAGGAAGAAGACUGGUGGGGAGAAGAUGCCAGUGCAGAUGAUUGGAGAUAUCUUAGCUACAGAGCUGUCACACAUGCAAGCCUACAUCCGGUUUUGCAGCUGUCAGCUAAAUGGUGCAGCUAUCCUUCAGCACAAAACUGAUGAAGAGCCAGACUUUAAAGAUUAUCUUAAGAAAUUGGCUUCUGACCCUCGAUGUAAAGGAAUGCCACUAUCCAGCUUCUUAUUGAAGCCAAUGCAAAGAAUUACACGUUAUCCACUUAUUAUUAAAAAUAUUUUGGAAAACACUCCAGAGAUCCAUGCAGACCAUAACCAUUUAAAGCUGGCAUUGGAGCGGGCAGAGGAGCUGUGUUCCCAGGUGAAUGAAGGUGUGCGUGAGAAGGAAAACUCUGACCGACUGGAGUGGAUUCAGUCGCAUGUUCAGUGCGAUGGACUGGCAGAGGUGAGGAUGCGUGAGUUGUUUUGUGGUUCUGCUGUCCAAAUGAUCAAUUCCAACAACCACCUUGAUGGGGAUAGGCAUGGAUUUGACACCAUUCAACACCACUCUAAUUGAAAGAGAAAAUCUUUUAGUUCAAUUUGGCUGCGUCUCAGAAACAUCAGAAUAAUGUACUUCUGUGAUUGCUCCUGUCCAGCCUGCCACCUCACAAUUGUGUUGUUCAGUGAAAAUGAACACUUGUUUCUGCCUGAAUUUAUCAGGCAGCCUGCAGUUCCUCCAGUGAAACCAAUGAAUUUUAUUUCUUGAAGGGGCAUGCCUAGUGUUCCUUCUUUUCAAUCUUGGCAUUGAAUACCUAACAAUGCCUCCAUGUUAGAAAAUAAUUAAUAAGUAUUUUCCUGAUAAUGAGUCCCUCAAAAACCACCUAUGGUGAGUGUCAUGAAAAUCCAAUUCUGCCAAUCAACAUAGGAUCACCAUCUUUUCCAAUCCUGAUAGAAACUGAUGACCUUAAAAAAGAAAUGGGACUUCCAACCAAUGUCUAAGUGACUCAAGCGUCCACGUCAACUAAAUACUAUUUCGGAAGAUAGCAUGUACUCCAGACCAGAGGAAAGAUCCCCAUUUAACCUAUAAACCAACUGAAAAUCACCCUUACAGUUAUACUUUACACUGUCCCUUAAUUAAUCUCUGUAUUCUCCAGGAGUUAGUACAAUGUUAUUCUCUACUGCAUAAUUUCUACUUCCUGGACUGACUUUCACAUUGAGGAUUAAGUUGCAGAUCCCCUCCUCUAGACAAAGCAAGGUGAAUCUUCCAGCUUUGUUUCAACUUUCACGGACUUGGUCUCUUCAAGCCGAGCAUGGGGGCUCCCACCAGUAUGUUGCAUGCUGAACAAUAAACAUUUGGUGUCUAUAUUUCUUCUUUGUCUGUUUCUGUGAAUCUUGCAGACUUUCCUCUCUGUGAGGUUCAUUGAUAUUUUAAGAAAAACCUGUAAUCUGAUCAUAUAAUGGCUUCUAAUGGACUUUUCCCUCUCAAAAAUUAUCUCCAUGGCAUUGUGAAUCAUGUGGGCCUUAUAUCCAGAUAGAAAUGCUAAUUAGCAUUAGACCCCAAGUUCCAUUCUAUUUUGAAAUUGACUAGACAUUUUAAGUUGUAACCAUUUACAAAAUUGACAGUCCUAAUACCUCAUUGUGACUUGAAGAUGAACAGCCUAUGCACUGUCGGUGUAACUGUCCUGGUCAUUUUUAUAGGUGUGAGCAUCAUUAACAAGGGUGGUAUUUGUGGACCCUGCUCUGGGUCUUAGUUAUGUAAUAUGCAAAUGAGUGGUGGCAGAACAGUAGAGCCAUUGGUUGUGGGAUCAUUUAGUUCUGUUUAUGACAUGCUGUUUCCUCUGUUUGGUUCCCAAGUAGCCCAAUGUUGUAGAGUCUCAAGGUUGACACUUAAAUUUUUCGGAAUGCUUGCUGCUGCUCCUGUCAAAAGUAGAGCGUG